CUGUAGUUUGCCAGGAUGGAGUAGUUGGAAAACAUCAGCACGACCUUGCACGCCACCUGCCGCACAGGAGAGAAGCCUUCUGUCAAAUUCUCUCAUGAGGAGCCAGAUCUGACCUUUUGCCAGGAUGGAGGUGGCCCUCUCUGCCCCGCAGAUGCUCUCAGGGCCUCUCAGGAGGGGGACUCCUCUGCCUCUGAGCCAGCUGGUCGAGGAGAGCAGGAGCAGAGCCAACAUUCCCAAUCAUCUACUGGAAUCAAAAAUCUAUGCCAAACUGAAAAGCAACAGCCUGAUCCAAGCAGAGCCGCCAGCGCUUCACUUCAGUGGGUUUGAGCUGGAGACGGAUUACAUAAAGAUGAUGAAACUAAUCAACAUCUCAUCUGAAGUCAUGAAUAUUCAUAUCAUUCCCACGCAAACCAAGCACUUCCAAACAUCUUACACCAAAAAGUAUCGACUCAUCCCAGGCCUCGCCUACACGCUGAAGGUCAGAUUCUGUCCUGACGAGUGGCGGUACUUCUAUGACUGCAUUCGGGUUCACUGCAAGGGGGAAGAGAACCUGUUAAUUCCAGUUCAUGCUUACCCUGUCAUCGAUGACCUGCGCAUCCCUCCUCACAUCGACCUAUCAGCCGUACCACUUGGACAAAGUGUUCGCCGUGCUAUUCCUCUGAGCUGCAGCUGCCCCAUUGACUUUGAGUUUCAGGUGUAUGUUAUUCAGCCCCAUGAGGCCUUCUCCAUCCACCCCCUUACAGGUGUGAUCCCAGCCAACGGUGAAGUGAAGAUCAUUGUGACUUUUAGUCCUCUCCGAUACGAGACUUCUCAGGUCACCAUCCAGCUGAUCGUCUCACAGUUCAACACCAAACCCUACCUCUGCACCAUCACUGGGAGCUCUGCCCCUCACCUAGCCCUCAGUGAUCUGGGAGGAAAGUCGGCUCAUGGAGAUGCAGUGCCUGCAGAAUGCAAAAGACCUUCAACUACGACACAAGUGGCCCCUCGACGAAAAAUCAAACGCAGGCCAAGCAAAGAGGGUGACAAAUCAAAGACACUGAGAGAUCAGGCCAGUGUUAAGCCUGGGCUGAAGCCCCCUGUGGAUGUCUGUACCCCUGCAGGGGUGGCAAAGAUGCUGAUCAAAGACACCCAGAAACUCAGCUCGAAAGACCUGAGGGAAGCCAUAUGCUGCGGCAGUGUGGCUGGUCUGCAAAACAGGCAGAUAAAGGAGGCCCUCUUCAUAAAAAAGGUUCAGCAAAAUGUGAAGGAGGAGCAAGCCAACCACAUGAGAUGGCAAGUUCAUCUUGGUAAGGACCCCGUGUCAGAGCAGAUCAGGAGGCAGGUGGUGGAGGAGAGAGAGAUGGCACUACACGAAUACAUGGUAAAAAGAGGCGACGAGCGGCCCGACGGAGAAUUUGCUGCUGGACAACCUAAACUUUCCUCCAGGAGAGUGCUUUGUGAAGCGGGACAGGCCCGCGAGGGAGCCCCAUCCUUCCAGUUUUACCCCAGCUUCCAGUGGGAGCUGAGACAAAGAGCCUUCACACUGUUCCAGCAGGCGGCACGCAAGGUGGUGAUCCGAUGUCGCAUGAACCGGAGGCUGACCUGUUUGAAGGAACUGUCAGACAGUAUGAAGACGUUGCCCUUGGCGAAGAAAGUUGAAGAGGAGACGACUUGUGACCUUAAGAUCUCGCCUGACAGAGUCUUUCCAUUUGCUUUCCCGAUUUUCGCCGAUGAAGAUGACCCGCUGGCUCCCAGUAAUUUGGCGACGGUGCCCGUCGAUCCGAUUGAUGUGACUGUGACAACACAUAUUCCUUUCUUCAAGCUUCAGGUUCCUCAGCACUAUAAGCUUAUGGGCUACCGGCCUGUGUCAGCCUGGGAGGCAUUUAGCUCUUACAUCCCCACUACUCUGGCUCGACCUCUUCGCGUGGGAGCUCUGGAUGAGCUGGUGCCCAAUGAGGUCGCAGCCCAAUCUCCCACAAGACCGGAUCCCAGAGCGCGGGAGGAACAGCAGCAUGAAAAUGAAGAGGAGGAUGUGGAAGCGAAGGAGGCUGCCAGUCUCACCUUCUGUGCCCCUGAAGCUCUGCUCAGACCUUUUCCAGCAAACCCACUCAGAAUCUUUAACCCAGCACCAGGCCUGCAGACUUACAAAACCACCCCUAAAUACCUGGAGAGCGACUUGGAGUUCCACCUCUGCCCUCUGCCCAGGUAUACAUUCCCUGAGAGCAACAUGUGUGGCAUGAGGACACACACUCAGAAGAAGUUUCUGGACCGCAAGGAGGUGAUCAAAGGGCUCAUGACAUGGAGAAAUUUUGAUUCGAUUACCUUAAACUGUCUGUCCAGCCGGCCUCUUCCCACCAGUGACUGUGCCGUGCGCAGGUCUGUGGACUACAGCACGGAUAUACUUCCACUCACAGCACCCCCUCCUCCUCUCACUGGCCCUCCUGAUGAUCUGGCACCACUAAUGGACAAACCGUGUGACGGCGCAGGAGUCCAACUAACACCAGAGAUGAUCAGAGCACAGUUCUUGUCUGGGGAAGCUCUGGUCUCCAAUAGAGACCUCACCAGAGGAGCGCCCCAGAGCGAGCUUCAGGUGGAGGCGACCUGCAGGUGUGAGUUCAACCAGAUGGGAAGGAGAGUGACGAGCAGGCUGAAGCAACUUGGAGUCCCUGACAGAACUUCUCUUUCUCCAGCAGAGGACUGUGAAUAGGCAAAACACCCCCCCCACACACUUCCAGAAACACACCUCCGAAUAGGCUCUGAGCGCGCACACACUCACACAUGAACAAACACAAUCGCAGGACGACAAAUAGGCAUUAUACCCAUCCUACUCACCCAUACGAGACUCUACAUUGUCUGCCCUGGCACUUCUGUGAAAUAAAAUCUGGUUACUUCCUCGCCCACCGGUAAGCCUCCCUCCCACCCACUCAAAAUUACCAGCAAGCUCUCCUCCUGUGCACUUACAAAGCCUGCAAAUUCGUUAUCCCUCCACCCACACGGAUCCACAUAUAAGCACAGCUACAGUAUAUUCUAACAAGCUACAUCACAUUACUGACAACUGUGCUCAGUUAAAAAUGAUAAUUCUGUAGUUUAAGCUGUCGUAGAAGCAAAGGGGCCGCAAUGUCAGUGAGCGACACACAAUGCUGAAUACUAUUAAACUGUAUGGUGAUGCAAAUGAUGGUGUCAUAUUUGAUCUUUGGUGACAGUUAAAUAUGAUUGACUGAGAGAAAUGCCAUUCACAUGCUUUCCAUUGUUAUGACAGUCCUGAUGCAGCUUUUAGAAGAGAUUUCCAUCACUAAUUAUGUCGUCCAGGUCGAAAAAGCACCACUGGUUCUUAGCUGUGAUUAGUCACAUUCAACUUCUAAUUUGUGCUCGCUGAUUUGUCGCCAUCCAAGGACUUGCUAUUAGUUCUGCAUUUAUUUGAAACAUCAAUUCAGCAUUUAAAAGUCUGUAUAUAUAUGCGGUUGUAAAAAAGAAAGCUGCUUAGGUCAGAAUUUAAUUACCAAAAGCGCUGACAUCCUGUGAACUGAGUUGGAUGGAGCAAAGUAUGUGCCUGCACUCACCCCUAGAGGGAGCUCUAACUCUGUGAGUUUUCCAUGAA